GAAUGAUCGGUUCUAUUGUACCGGUCCGAUCGAUUGACAAUCCAAUGCCAAACUCGAAGCGCCGUCGUUUUGGCCGUUUCGAACAAGAAAGUAGUGGUCGUCUGGUCCCUCUCUCUCUCUUGUUCCUUCCGCUGCAAAUAAAUGGAACUGUCUCCUGCGUCCGCCAUGUUCAGUCACUCCUCCCCCGCUCAGCUUCUGAGACCUAAGCUCGGGUUUACGGUUUCUCUUCCUCUGAGAGCAUCGAUCGUUUCUUCUUCUUCUUCGCGUCCCCGAUUCUUGCGGAUGGAAACUCAAUCUCAGCCUCCUCAAUCUAUCUCCUCCGCUUCUUCACCCACCAACAACGUUUCUUCUCUCUCUAUCCAAUCAGCACGAGUUGGAGAAGUGAAGAGAGUAACAAAGGAGACGAAUGUGUCAGUGAAGAUCAAUUUGGAUGGAACUGGAAUUGCAGACAGUUCCACUGGAAUCCCUUUCCUUGACCACAUGCUGGAUCAACUUGCUUCACACGGCUUGUUUGAUGUGCACGUCAGAGCUACCGGUGAUGUUCACAUCGAUGACCAUCACACUAAUGAAGAUGUUGCUCUUGCCAUUGGAACUGCUCUGUUAAAGGCACUUGGUGAGCGUAAAGGGAUUAAUCGGUUUGGUGACUUCACAGCUCCUCUAGAUGAAGCCCUUAUUCAUGUUUCCCUGGAUUUGUCUGGUAGACCAUAUCUUGGUUACAACUUGGAGAUUCCAACACAGAGAGUUGGGAACUAUGACACUCAGUUGGUGGAGCAUUUUUUCCAGUCAUUGGUGAAUACUUCCGGUAUGACACUUCACAUCCGUCAGCUUGCUGGUAAAAACUCGCAUCACAUAAUAGAGGCGACAUUUAAGGCCUUUGCCAGGGCUCUAAGACAAGCAACGGAGAAUGAUCCUCGCCGUGGUGGGACCAUACCAAGGUGUGUGUGAUUGCUUUUGCAGUUCAAAAGGAGUCUUGUCACGGUCCUGAGAGCUAAACAAUAUAAACAACCCUUUUAGAUAAACAAUUGGUAAACUCCCCAUUAUUGUUGUCCUUGAUGAAGGGUUGUUUAUAUUGUUUAGGUGUGUGUUCAAAAGGAGUCUUGUCUUGAUGAAGGGUUGUUUAUAUUGUUUAGAGUUUACCAAUUCGAUCACAAAGAAAAGCUCUCAGAUUUACUCUUUUUUUUUCUUUUUGUCAUCGAAUUGGUAAAACAAAAACAAGGAUGUUGCCAAAAUGUCAAGAAGAAGAAGUGAAUUACAGUGAAGAUCACACACACUUGGGUUCCAUCUAUAACAAGAGUCAAGAGAGAUGUUCUGUAUUUCUUUUAAGCAUUGCUGUAUCAAACUCUAAAAACUUACUGCAAGGAAGGACUUAUCGAGUAAUUUGCUAGAAUAAGUAAUCAAAACGCCUGUCUUUUAAUCCUUA